AUGUUCUACUCCAAACCGCACUACGUCUUGUUCAUCCACAUGGUCAUUAACGACAUGCUACAUUUGAUUCUGACCGUGUUCCUUUUGACCAUCACCUAUGUCCUCUAUUUUCUCCCUGCUUCCAUGUGCACCAUCUUCACCCUGGUCAUUAUCUCCAGCACUGAAAACACUCCCCUCAAUCUGGCUUGUAUGACCCUCGAAUGCUACAUUGCCAUCUGCCACCCUCUCCACCACGCCAAAAUCUGCACCCUCAAACGAACCUACAUGCUGAUUGCCUUGAUGUGGCUCAGGCUCGAAAUGAAUGUGUCCGGAGCCGGCCAGAGUGGGGGGCUGGAGACCCUCCAGGAGGCUUACCCUUUCAUAGUCACCAAAAAUGUUAUCAUUGUAGCUUUGGGCUUGGCCAUUAACUACAUCAACGGGAUUCUCAUUCACACCUUCAGGAAGCAUCAGGGUGGGGGGCUGGAGAACUUCCAAGAUGUUUACGCCGUCAAAGUCACCAAGAUUUUUAUUGUCGUAGCUUUGGGCUUUGGCAUUAACUUCAUCAACGGGAUGCUCAUUCACACCUUCAGGAAGCAUCAGAUCUUCUACACCACGCCUCGCUACAUCCUCUUCAUUCAUCUUGUGAUCAAUGAUAUGAUCCAGCUCACUACGACAGUCAUCUUGUAUGCCAGUCACAGUCAGGAUUAUGACGUGGUGAAGGCCGCAGUCCUGAAGGCAUACGAGUUGGUGCCAGAGGCCUAUAGGCAGCGGUUUCGGAUGUGCAAAAAAUCAGGAGGACAGAGUUAUCUGGAGUUCACGCGGGAUUUGAAGGCACAUUUUUCUCGUUGGUGCGCAGCGUCCAAAGUCACAAAUUUUGAAAAGUUGGGCUCGUUAUCUCCGCCUGGGGGAGGUACGGUUCCAAUUAGAAUUCUGCGGGACACAGGAGCGUAUGACUCGUUCGUGGUCGGUUCGGUAUUGCCUUUCUCCGCGGAGACCGCUACAGGGGACUUCAUACUGAGCAGGGGCAUGGGCAUGACUGUGUUGCCUAUUCCGUUACACAGGAUGAAAUUAGAGUGUGAGCUGGUGCGGGGAGAGGUCACUGUCGGUGUGCGACCAGCGUUGCCCAUCGAGGGGAUUCAUUUUAUUUUGGGGAAUGGGUUGGCUGGUGGUCGUGUCUGGGCUGACACAGACACUGGUGGCGGGGAGACUGUGGAUGCUGACGCGGUGGAGCUUCCAGCCGCACCUGUGGUUACACUGUGUCCCAUGGCCCCCGAGAGCGGCUCUUCAUCGCAGCCAGACGUAUUCCCCGCGUGCGCGGUGACGCGGGCCAUGCAUAAAGUGGCCUCUGCAUCCUCGGCAGCUUCCAGUGAUUUUGUGUUGUCUAUGGCAGAGUUUCCAUUAAAUGUGUCCCGCGCUGAAUUGGUUCGGGCGCAGCGAGACGAUCUGACUUUGGAGAAGCACCAGCGGGGGAACUUGGAGCAGGGUGUGGUGUCCUGGGUGGUUUGUGUUGUGCUGCGAUAA